AUUAUUGAAAAUGUUUAUAGUUAAUCAGAAACUUAUCAGAUUUGGUUACUCUUUUGGACAUAGAAGUUGUGAGAAAUGUCUGCGGUGAAUGUAAUCGUUUUCUGCUGUGGAAUCUUAUUGAUACUUUCAACCAAACAGAUUUCUACGUACCAAUGUGAUAUCACCAAAGGAGAUUGCGUCGCAGAUAAUAAGAGGGAAGAACAUUAUUGUAAAAGGACUUGCUUCAGAAAACCUGAAAGUUGUAACGAUCAUAAAGGUGUUGACUUGUUUGGGAAAGACCAGAGAUACCAAUGUAACUGUAAAUACCUUAGUGACUGUCAGUUCCAAAUCCUUAGUAAAUGUAAAAAUGGAUGCUUACCUGGAUUUAAAAAGCCAUAUUGUCAAAAACGAAAAUAUCAUGAAUUCAUAAAGAACGAGUCGAAGACGCAUUCCUAUUUAUUUUCCUCUGAUAACAAACAUGCAGUGAAACCCCUAAUAAUAAUACCAUUCAGAAACACAUACAGAUUUAGUACUGUAGAAAUUUACAGUAAUUUUACAGAUUCAACAAUGAACGUUACCUAUCCAUAUAAUAUGGAAUGCAAACUAAAACCAAACGCAAAUAAAACAAUUUGUACCGGUGACGUAAAGGCUAACCAAUUGUAUAUUUAUGGGAAAGCUGGAGUUUAUCGUAUUAAGUUAUUUGGAUGUCCACCACAAUUGUAUGGUAAAGACUGUAUCAAUGAAUGUCAUUGUUCUCGAGCGGAAUCAUGUCACCAAAUUACUGGAAAGUGUAAAGGUGAUGGCUGCGAAGAUGGAUGGUAUGGAGAGAAGUGUGACAAGCGAACAUAUGUUAAUAUUGCUCAAGGUCAAACUACACAGCAAACAAGUAUAUAUGGAAUAAAAGGAACUACAGUCUUCCAUAAUGGAACUUGUGAAAAAAUGAAUAUAUCGAUGGCAUCCGACAAAGCAGUUGACGGAAAUUUUGAUCCUGGAAUUACGCAUAAAUCAUGUGCAAGUACUGACUGGGGAAAAGAUCCAUAUUGGCAAGUGAUGUUUGAUAAACCAUACACGAUAUACCAACUGAGAAUAUAUAAUCGAAUGGGAAUAUAUCGUAAGUAUUGUUAAAAAGUUAUUAAUGUUGUCGGUUCGUCUCAGUUUAUCUUGAUUCAGCAGGAUUAUUUUCGAAAGUGUUCCAGCCGUGACUCUCCUGUCAUUCUAAUGACAGUAUCGUGCGUUUUGACAGAAAGUUUGUUUGCUAGUUCUAACGAUUCCAGUGGCCGAUUAAAAGAAUCUUCGUUGGCUCACAAUACAUUUGUUUAUUUAUGUUGACACAGUGUAUAUAAAUAUUAUAUAGCAAGUUAAAAGAAUAUUAUUAUUGUU